AUGACAGAGGCUGGAGAUUUGGCGAACAAUGAGGAUAUAAGGAUGAAGUAUUUCCCAAGUUCUCUAACCAAGAAUGCUUUCACAUGGUUCACAACAUUACCACCAAGUUCUAAAGAUACUUGGUUCCGUUUGCUAAAAGCUAGAUGCUUUACAGUAGUGCCUGAACACGAAUUAGUCGAAAUGGCCACUGGAGGUUUAGAUUACUCUAUCAGGAAGAAAUUGGACACUCAAUAUCUGCGAGAUAUGGCCCAAUUGGCUGAUAGGGUUUGCCAGGUCAAAAGAUUAAAAGCUGAGAAGGCUAGGGCAAAUAAAAGCUAUAAUAAGGAGAGGGUCACCUACGUCGAAGUAGACGAAGGAGAACCAGAGAUCUCCGACGACCAAUAUGGUUUCGAAGACUGCGAAGUAGAUCUAGCCGAAUUAAAGGAAGCAGGCCCCUAUACAUGCAAGAUGAUCACACCAUCGAACGGAAAAAAUCUCGUUGAAAUUGAAAAGAAUGAUAAGUUUCCUAAGAAAACAUACACAUUCGACAUAACUAAAUGUGAUAAAAUAUUUGAUUUGCUUGUGAGAGAUGGCCAAAUGGUUUUGCCUCAUAACAUUAAAAUUCCUCCGUUAGAGCAACGGAAGAAGAGAGGCUACUGUAGAUACCAUAAUUUUUUAGGCCACAAAACCUCGCAGUGUUUUCUUUUCAGGGAUCUUAUUCAGAAUGCGAUCAAGGAAGGACGUAUGAAGUUUGCAGACAAAGGAAGAAAUCAAAUGAAGAUAGAUGCUAAUCCCCUUGAUAUUGCUGACACAAACUACAUUGAGCCUGUCGAGAUCAACAUGGUUGACACCGUCGAAGUUGGAGCAAGAUGA